AUGUCGACGCACAAGCUCGUGGGCUAUGCCAACUUCAAGAGGAACAACCCCAUGACGGACAAGUUCGCCGUGAAGAAGUUCCAUCAUAUCGAGUUCUACUCGGGCGAUGCGCUCAACGUGUCGCGACGCUGGGCGCUCGGUCUGGGCAUGGCGCUGGUGGCCAAGUCUGACCAAUCGACGGGCAACGGCACCUACGCGAGCUACGUGAUGCAGAGCCACGACAUCAAGCUCGUCUUCACCGCUCCCUACACCACUGCCGGCGACAAAUCGCAGUCCAAGAUCGCUCAUCCUCAAUUCGACACUGCCAAGGCCCAGGCCUUCUUCAACAAGCACGGUGUCGCCGCAUCGGCGGUCGGCAUCGAGGUCGAAGAUGCGGCCGAGGCCUACCGCAUCGCCGUCGAGAACGGCGCGGUGAGCAUCGCCGAGCCGGCCACCCUCGUCAACGAGGCCACCGGCGCCAAGACCGUCGUGUCCGAGGUCCUGCUCUACACCAAGGGUGACGUCGCUCUGCGAUUCAUCUCCUUCUCGGAGGGCUACGACCACCCCUUCCUGCCGGGCUACGAGACCGUCACCGACCAGGGUCCGCGUCUCAACUACGGCAUCAAGCGCAUCGAUCACGCCGUCGGUAACGUGCACAAUCUCAUCGAGCAGAUCGACUACGUGGCCAAGAUCACCGGCUGGCACGAGUUUGCCGAGUUCACCGCCGAGGACGUGGGCACCGUCGAUUCGGGCCUCAACAGCAUGGUGAUGGCCUCCAACAACGAGAUGGUGCUGCUGCCCUUCAACGAGCCCACCUUUGGCACCAAGCGCAAGUCGCAGAUCCAGACCUACCUCGAGCAGAACGACGGCGAGGGUCUCCAGCAUCUCGCGCUCAAGACCGACGACAUCUUCGCCACCAUGCGCAAGCUCAAGGCCGCCACCAACCUCGGCGGCUUCGACUUCAUGCCGCCCGCCUCGCCCGCCUACUACAAGAACCUCCCCGAGAAGAUCGGCGACGCGCUCACCCCCGACCAGUACAAGGAGCUCGAGGAGCUCGGCCUGCUCGCCGACAAGGACGACCAGGGCGUGCUGCUCCAGAUCUUCACCAAGCCCUGCUCGGACAGGCCCACCUUCUUCAUCGAGAUCAUCCAGCGCAUCGGCUGCAUGACCAAGAACCAGAAGGGCGAGGAGGAGCAGACCGGCGGCUGCGGCGGCUUCGGCAAGGGCAACUUCUCCGAGCUCUUCAAGUCCAUCGAGGACUACGAGAAGACCCUCACCUGCUGA